GCAUUCUGUCAACAAUGUGGGAGGUGACCUGACUCCGCUUUUGUUUAAAUUGCAGGCUCUGCCUCCUGCCUCUCUGCCUGCAAAUGCCUGACCGGGUCCAACACUGAGAAAGAGUCCAAAUUUGGGGUGUGCUUCGAAGCUCAUCGAACAAGACAAACAUGGAAACCAUUGGCGAGAUCAUCCCGUUCGCUAAGGAGAUGCUGAACCAGAGGCCCAACCGGGGCAUGGUGAAGAUCUACAUGCUGGGUUCCACUCUGGCCAUCCUCGGACUGGUUGGCGGACUGGUGGAAACGGUUUUCCUGCCGUUUGUGGCGCAGGAGACUGUUGAGGACACGCCAGCAGAUCUGAUCGCGGAGAUGAGGAAGGAGAAGAAGAAGAAGGCGUCGAAGCCACACACUACCUUGGUUCGCCCUGAGGUCGUGGAUGUGACGGAGACAGUAGUGAUCGAGGCCAAGGCUAAACAUCUGGUGACUGCGAGGCGGAGAAGCUCAGCCACCCGCCUAUAUGCCUCUUAAAAGAAACUCUCCUGAUGUACAAGGACAAUGCAAUUACAAUGAUGAUGGCGACGGUGGUCAAUUAAAUCACCAAGUUGAAAUGGUCCCUUUGUACUUAUUCUUUUAUUUCAGAUUUGGUGAAACGUACCAUUCCCCCCCCUGUCAACUGGCAAAAAAAAAAGAUGACAUGUGUGGAUACUCUGAAAACUACAGGGUACAGUAAAGUCUGGCUGCUGGGCAGCAGAUCCUCGCGGAUGUGAUGUGAUGAAUUUGUUGGCGAAGAUGGAAUGUGUGUGAUUUAAUUCAUUUUGCACUCCAAUAAACCUAUUUUUCAGCUAG